AUGUCCAAAAUGUCACUAGGCAGCCUGGAUGUGAUCUAUAUCAUGAUGGAGUCUGUUAUUGGAAUAUGUGCCGUGGUGGGCAAUGUCUUGGUGGUCUGGGCAGUGAGGCUGAACCCAGCUCUGCAGAAGACCACCUUCUUUUACAUCGUUUCCCUGGCCCUCAGUGACAUUGCCAUGGGGAUCCUUGUCGUGCCGCUGGCUGUCAUGGUGAGCCUGGGAGCCGUCAUGCAUUUCUACUCCUGCCCGUUCAUGUGCUGCCUGAUGAUGGUCUUUUCUCACGCCUCCAUCCUGUCUCUCCUGGCUGUCGCAGUCGACAGGUACCUGCGAGUGAAGCUGCCGAUCAGGUACAGGGCAGCUGUCACGAAGCAAAGGAUUUGUGUGACGCUGGGACUCAGCUGGCUUGUGUCUGUGCUGGUGGGGCUGGUCCCUAUGCUGGGGUGGAACCAGUGCACGGGCAGCUCCAGCUUCAUCGAGUGUCGCUACCCGGCUGUGAUGCGAAUGGAUUAUGUGGUGUAUUUCAGCUUCUUCACCUGGACCCUCCUUCCCUUGCUCAUCAUGUGUGCCCUCUACACUGAGAUUUUUUACAUCAUGUGGAUAAAACUAAACCAGAACUCAGCAAGUCUUCCAGGAGGAGAAACAGUUUGUGGGAAAGAAUACAAAAUGGCCAAAUACCUGGCCCUCAUCCUCUUCUUGUUUGCAGUGUCUUGGCUGCCUCUGGGCAUCCUGAACUGCACUGUGUUCUUCUGCCCCUCCUGCGCCAUCCCGCAGCCUCUGAUGUACCUGGGCAUCCUGCUGUCUCAUGCCAACUCCGCCAUGAACCCCGUCGUCUAUGCCUUCAAAAUACAGAAGUUCAAAGAAACAUACGCUUUCAUUCUGAGGACUUACAUCCUGCUCCAGAAGUCGGAGUCAGUUAUUUCUAGCGUGGAGCCCACAGUGGAGCUGGGAGUGAGCACCAUGUGA